CCUCGCCUCCGAAGCCGUUCUCCCCGCGGCAACUGGAUUUCCUCCCCUUCCGUCGCAUUCCUCCGCCUUCUCCCCGACCUCUCCCACCGCGACGUCAUCCUCACCGUCUCAUUCAAUGCCAGCCUCCUCGAAGAGCACUACGUUUCGAAACUGCAUUUCUCGUGGCCUCAGGUGUCAUGCGUCUCUGGAUUUCCAGCUAGGGGAAUCAGAACUGUGCUUGUGAGCUUCAGAGAUUCCGUAGGCGAGAUUCAAAAGUUUGCUUUGCGGUUUCCAUCACUAUAUGAAGCACAGUCAUUUGUAAAUAUUUUGAAGGGGCUCCUGAAAGAUGAGAAGGAUCCAGAACCCUUAAAUACUGACUUUGGAUCUGAAAUUUCAUCACAGUCAGAGUUCGUCUCCUCAAACAAGCACUGCCACAGACCCAGCGAGGAGGCCAGCUUUAUGACUCCCGUUGACACUUACAAACCACAAAUGCCACGAAGUAUUAAAACCGAAGAAAAGCAGCCUUCAGGCACCCAAGAAAUGGAAGCACCACCUGGUUUCAGCAUUGCAGGAAUCCUCCCAGCUUUGCCACCCAGUUUUACCACACUUCUGAUGGAUUGCUCUGAGAUCAACCAUACUCAACCAAUUGCUUCCCAGGAAAUUGAACUGAAGUCCCAAAUCGUGAGGUACAUGGAAGACUCUUCCUUCCAAGAUAUGUUGGUUAAAGUGGAGAAAGUUAUCGACGAAUUGGGGGGUGAUCUGUCGUUGCCGUAGUUUUCCGAGGGGCAUUGAGAACAACACUCUGAGCAGCUUAGCAUAUCCUGCUGGCUGCCGAAGCAUGGUGACGUCUAUCACAAUUUCCCCAAAUGUACUGUGGCUUUGUAUGUCCUUUCUCAUUUAACACCAAAGCACAGACUAACUUACUGAGUCAAGGUUAAAUUUCUCGUUAGCUUCCUCUGCUGUUCAGUAAAUAGCAAUGCCAGGAAGCAGGCAAUGUAAGAUCAGCUUAUAGAUAUACAAAUAAAUCAUAUAAUGUGAUUUCUGUUUAGGAAGUCACAGCUAAAGAGGUGAUGUCAGAAAAUUCGAAGCAAAACUAGAAAUCAAUAACGGGAUUGACCAUUUUCUUUUUCUUUUAUUUUUUAACCCAAUCAAAUUUGCUUAUAACUUUCUGGCCUUUUGCACUUUACUCAAAGUGAUUCUUCUAUAUUAGCAUUAAAAAAGGGGUGAAGUUCUAGUUUGUUCUUUGAAAUUGUAAAUAGUUUUUAUUUUAGUCCUUAAAAUUAUCAAUUUAGUCUGAAGUUGUAAUUUGCAAAUCAUUUAUGU